CUAACACGAUGGUUUUGCUGGCAAGAGAAAGUUGAGUUGGCCAGUCCAGCUGGCUGCUAGUAAAUAAUAACGGCUAGUCCAGCUAGCAAGGCACAACCGACUCAAGCCAUCCCAAAUUUCUAUUCUAUAAAUAGGAAGAGAGAGGAAGCAUGGCCUGAGACGGUGAGACCGCGUGUUCUUUCUUUUCAACGACAACGGCUCUUAGGGUCCUGGCAACCGCCACGAGGGCUGGUCUGGUGGUGAUAGAGAAGGGGCUUCUCUCUCGUUAAGCAUGCUUCGCUGUAACGUUCGCCCUUCCGUCGGAAUUUGGUACUUCCCUCGUCUUUUGUGCCUCGUUGAGAAAUCUGGAAUCGCAAAAUCGCUUUCAUCUUAUUCUGUUUGAAUUUUCUGAGGUCGGAAACGAUUUUCCAUUCAACGGAAGGCCGUGGAAGUUCACUAGGGUUCGCCAUGAUUAAGGCAGCGGGUUAGGGUUUUUGGUAUCCUAUGUUCGACGAUCGAUCGUAUGCUGGGUUUAAUUAACGUCUUCUGGAAAUAUGACCCGAUCUUGUCGGAUGCAAUCUAUCUGGUAAUUGCUCCCCCCUUCUUUUCCACCUAUGAGGAAAUUGGCUGACUUGUGCUUGUGCAUGCCUUUUAACUCAAUUGCUGCUUUGGUUGAUAGUGAUCAUUAUUGUGGCGUCACUGCUUAUUCUAUCAUGCUCACCUUGGGUAUUAGAUGGUUAUUGUUGCCUUCAUGGGAUUCAAAUAAACGUAGUGUGGGGUUUCACUAGACUGGGUUUAUCAAACCACUUUGUGCUAGAAAUCUCUUGAUUUCCUAUACAUAUGCUGCCAUGAAUUGGGUGAAAUUUGUUCCGAGGAUGAUUCCAGAGACUUGCAUAACAUAACGGCCAUUACAUGUUGUCUGUGCUAGUGUUUUCUAGUAACUUUAAUUAAGCCCCUCUUUUUUCGGCUAGAGUUCCAAUAUUUUGGUUCUUGACCUGAGAUGUUUGAUGAUUUGGCUCUACUCUACUGCUGCCCCCUUUCUUUACAAUGAUUAAUCAAGGUGCUAUUGUUUUCUGCAAGUGGAAGCCCCUAAUGAGUGCCCCGUAAAGUUAUCAAGAUCCUUAUCUCUAACUUGUGGCCGCUUCUGCCUCACUAUUGAAAUGUUCAUCUACUCAUUGUUGCCCUUCUGCUCCUCUUGAAAUAUAUUGUUAACUGAAAGUCCAGUAUGGAGUCCUAGAAGGGAACUUAAGAAUGAGUAGAUGUAGCCUGAAAAUACAUUAAUUGUUCAUGUCGGUUCAGUGCUUAUAUGAAAGUUGGGUACCGGUUUGCCUUGCAAUAAAAUGAUUAGUUACUUAAUCUAGUUGCCCUUCUGCUCCUCUUAAUAUAUAUUGUUGGCUGAAAGUCCAGUGUGGAGUCCUAGAAGGGAACUUGAAAAUGAGUAUUAUAUCAUAGAUAUACCCUGAAAAUGCUUUGUCCGUGUUGGUUCAGUGCAUAUAUGGAAGUUGAGUCCGGGUUUGCCUUACACUAAGAUGAUUAGUAUACUCAGUCUAGUUGCCCUUCUGCUCCUCUCUGAAAGCCCAUUAUGGAGUCCUAUAAGGUAACUUGAGUACGAGUACUAUAUCAUAGACAGUCCCGUAAAGAUUAGAAGCUUGUGUAUUCUGUUUACAGAGUUACUGAUUUUGUUGCUUCUAAUGAAGGUGGUGAUCCAAUUCUGGUUAAUGAAUUGUGGGAAAUGAUGUGUUAAGUUUCUUGAUGCUCUAUCAAUGCUAUUACUGUUUUGGUACAUCUUGUCAUCGGCCUAGGAAAUGGUGGGUAGAAAGGUUACAAAUGUUUCAGUGGCUUGUGUUUCAUUUGUAAGAUAUUCUGGCUUGGAAGAAAUAAGGAUAGACUUUCAAUGUUGUCCCAUUGAAGUCAUUCGUCUUGAUAACUGCAUAGCCAAGUCUAGACGUUCAAAAGGUGUUUAUGUGAUUCUGGAAGCAGAACUGCACCUUCUUUACAUGCUAGAUGAUGGUCAUUCCUUUUGGACAUCCUUUUACGCUGCUUUCUUCAAAGAAAACAAUAUUGUGGGUUCCCUAGAAAGCAACUAAGAUUGCUAUUUUAGUCCAUUCACUCAUAGUAUUAGUAUAUAUAUUUUGGUCAUUUGGUAUACGUGAUGUUGAUACGAAAACUGUCAUUGGCUACAUGAUCCAUCACUUUAUAAUUAUUUAUGCAUUUGGUUGCCCUUAGACUCUACUAUAACUAGAACAAGUGAUUUAAUAUCUAAAAUGGAGUCCAAGGAAAUUACACUAAUUUUCUAGGAAGCAAUGUAGCAAGAGAUAGUUAAUACUGGGGCAAAAGGUAUGGUGCUUCUCCUUUCCCAGCAAGCUAAUGGUCUAUUAGUCCAUAUGAAUACUUGAUAAGCUCAUUACCGUUAUUUUACAUGGACUGGCUGGUUUCUUAAGCUAUUAAUUGUAUGAGUAGCAUCGUAAAUAUCAGGUUGGUUACUCUUAAUUAAUGAUAAUGGAAAUCAUGAUUGGUAGCCAUGUCAGAGAGGUGUGAUAGUCCAGUCCUAUUAUCACUUAACACUGAGCUCAUCAGUUAGGCGUUUGAGCUCCCGCUCUGCUCUAUCCUGUUAUGCGGAAGCCCUAAAUUGUCUUGGGAGGACUUUGGAACGACUUAUAAUGAUCAAGUGAAUACUGAUUCUAUUUGAGAAUGAGAAUUAAUGUUCUAAAAGUGGUGUCGUACUCGUAUAGUAGUUCCAGUUGCUCCCCUGAUCCAUUUCAUAUUCUUAAAUCGUGAUUGUCUUGUUCAAUGGUCUUAAUGGAGUCCUAGGGGGGAACUUUGGAACGACUUAUAAUGAUCAAGUGAAUACUGAUUCUAUUUGAGAAUGAGAAUUAAUGUUCUAAAAGUGGUGUCCUACUCGUAUAGUAGUUCCAGUUGCUCCCCUGAUCCAUUUCAUAUUCUUAAAUCGUAAUUGUCUUGUUCAAUGGUCUUAAUGGAGUCCUAGGGGGGAACUUCAGAAUGAUUUUAUGCUUGAGAAAAAUACUUCAUAACACUCUUGUUUGGGACAAAAUAAAGUUACUCAUGAUAAUUGUAUUCCAUUGUGCCUCACAAUUCGGCUGGCUGUUUGCUUAUUCAAGUUGCUCUUCUGCAUCAUUUAAGGGAAUGUCCCAACUGGAGACUAGAGGGGAACCUUAGAUUGACUUGGUUGAGAAAAUACAUCGUGACCUAUGUUGUUUGAGAGAGUUGAUGAUUUGAAGUAGCAUCAUAGUCCCUCGUUCCAAUUGACCUUUUGCUCCAUUUCGAAUUCACUAAUUAGGGUAGGAUUUUUGUAUAACCGAGAAAACUUUACAGGGUCCAAAAAAUGAAAUUUGUUAUGAUGAUCAAACAACGCGAGAGUUGGAUUAAGCAUAAUUGUCAGUAUUGUUGUGCCUAUGUCCCAACUUCCAGUUAUCCCCAGUUCGUAUUAUUAUCAAUAACUUAUUAGAAGGGAAUUAUGGUAUUCCUGGAUUCCCCUCCAAGCUCCUCUAUCAAAACAUAUCAGUUUGCCACUACUCCUGGGUUGCUUUCAAUGCUUGUUUGGAAAUCCAGCUUAUACUUGGUGCGCCUCUUGACGGUUGACUUAUGGUGCCUUAUUGCCUGUUGUUAUGUGCGUCCAUAUUUUAAUCUACUUUUGCAAAGCUAUUAAUAUGAUAAAUGUUACCUCACAUAGGUGAUUGGUUCGGUGAAUAUUUUAUCGAGGUUUGUGGAUGAGAUAAUUUAAUGAGUGUCUUUGCCUCCCAAAAUGUUCUGGUGCUCAUUAUGUGGUAAAAUAUUCUGGUGUAGUUGAUGCUGAAUAUUCAGCUCUCCGGUGCUUUCCCUUGGUUUGCUAUUUUUUGUUGUCGCCUACGACUCAGAGUUCUGUUGAAUAUGAUCAUUCUGAUUAGGACCAUAAAGUAAGUCCUAUCUAGUUGGUUACGACAUGGCGAAGAGACCUGCAAUACAACGACAGUGGUGGGGAACACAAUGAUCAUUUUCUACAAAUGGGUUUCCUCAAUUGUAAAAGAAAUAUCAGAAUUUAGG